UGAGUACUCACUGUAUGCAGUAGCACUGCUGGAAUUUCUAUACCCUCAUGUGCCACAUUUCCUUGGCCUAUCAGCAUUGAGCAGUACUUGUAACAAUGCUUUUUGCUGAUCAUUCUUUCUUUUAAACAUAUUUCAGGUGUCCACUCGGGCAUCUAGACGCCAGGAAAGCUCUAUCCCCACUGCUACGACUUCUAGUCAGGCAUCUAGAUCUAGACGUCAAGCAAGCUCCCUCUUCACUGAUACUAAUAGUUCAACCAUGGCCCUUGCUGCUAGCACGCCAGCUGGAGGCGAAGUAGUGCUGGAGAUGAGAGAUUUUGCCGGUGACCCAGACAUAGAGAUGGAUGACACUGUUGUGAUAGCUGAACAGCACCAUCCAAGAACAGCAACCGAAAACAUUCGUGUUAUUCAAGAUAUGGAAUAUAUGGAAAGUAUGAUUGUAGAUGGUGAAAAGGCCAAUUGAAGAAGGGUUGCUCGCCUAAACCUCCAGAUUGCACGCACUGAAAGGAGGGCAAGGAGAAGAACUAAGUCAGCUGACAGAAAAGAGGCUUGCAGAACUGGGCCCAGAACCAGAUGAGGAGGGAUGUAUCCAGGUGAAAUUUGUGUGCCCUGAAACGAAUUUAACGAGGCGAUUCCGGGAAACGGAUACUGUCCUGAGCUUGUUCUAUUUUGUUGAGGGAACGAGCAAGGUUCAGGGCUGUGAACUUAUGUUAGCUGGUGAAAAGCUGAAGCGGGAUCAGCUCUCCCUGAAGGAGGUUGGGAGAACAUCAAACACCACACUGCACAUAAAAAAUGAUGAUGAUCUCCAAUUGUCUUCAGAUGUGGAAUCUUUGGAUGAUGAGGAAAUGGACAAAAAUGAAGAGGAGAAUGAAUCUACUGCUACUGGUUCAGUUUGCACAAAAACCUGUCUUGGAGAUCUACAAAGUGCAGCUAUGGAGAUAAAAACCUUCAUUCGAGUUGGUGUGGAGAAGAACAUGUUCAUCAGCCGUGAGUCGAUCUUAAACCUGAUGGACUAUUAUAGGAGUGAUGACCAACUGACUUUCCAUCGAAUCAAUGUGACGUUCGAAGGAGAAAACAUUGCAGAGGAUAUGGAUGGCUUGUCCCGAGAGAUGUUUACGUGUUUUCUGAAGGCUGCCCUCUCAAAGUAUUUUGAGGGGAGUGAUGCUAAGGUCCCAAAAGUGGACCAUGAUGUGAUGGACACUGAUGUUUUCUCCAUCAUUGGGAAAAUCAUCAGCCACGCUUACGUGUUGUUGGGGUACUUCCCAAUGAGCCUAUGCAAGGCAUCAUUGUGUGCCCUGUUUGACCCGAAUGUGGACUCGGAGAUGAUCACAAGUUCUUUCUUAAAGCUCUUGCCUCCUUUUGAGAGAGACUUUAUGAAUGCAACACUCAAAGAUCCGAUCACGCUCAAGGUGUACAUGUGGGAACUGUUAGGUUUUGCCCAAGAGGAUCGAAUGCUCCUGCUGUCGGUCCAUCGAUCAUUACUUGGCGAGGAUGGAGAAGGCCAGAGGUCCGGUUCCAAGGUGCAUAACAGACCACAAAGGAUUCGAACGUGUGUGUCUUGACGAGGACGUCCUGGAGACUGCCUGGUUCGGCUAUAGGCAGCAUUAUGGGAAGAAGGGCAGAGAAGUUCGGCCACUGCACAAGCAGCAGAGACACUGUGCCUACCGACAGUUGGUCCGUUGGGUGUAUUCAUAUCUAGGAAAGGAGAUUCGAGUGCCACUCCCUUCUUGUGCCGUCUCGAAAAUCAGGGCAUUUUUCCACCCCCAGAACUUGAGGAUGCAGCAGAAUUUGUCGGGUUCCUUGAUGUUGGAGAAGAGUGAGAUAACAUUAACAAUGAAAUCUAAUCCUGUGAUUUAUUGAAUAUUCCUAGUCAUUAGCUCAAACUUCACAAACAUUGGAAGUGCAAUAUCACAGAUUUUUCCUAAUAGAUGACUUGGUAUUCUAAGGCCUAUGUCCUGGCCAUGGUUGAUUCGAAUGGAAUUGUGCAUUGUGAAUCUCCACAUCUCAAAAUCUACUUUGCCAAUUUUCACCAAACU